UUUAUUUUUAUCCCCAUCAAACCCUAUAAAUACAGCAACGAUCACCGAAUACAGCCAAUAUGCCCCACGCCUCCCACCCCUGGCACUGGCCCACAGUCACCAGGGGGCGGCUGGAGACCCAGGCACACAGACGUGCUUGGGCGGGGAGGGGCCCAGGCCCCGGGGAAGGGCCGCAUGUCCCCUCCGCACUUGGACGGCCCGGAACCCCCUCCUUCCUUCUCGGUUAUGGUGCCAAGUAAACAGCACGUCCCCUACCCUGGAGACUCUGCAUUCGUUUUCCCUUCAGAGGCUGGAGUGAGAGUUGGGUGGACAGCGCUCCCUGGGGUGUGGAGCUGCCCCUCCCCCAGGGAUGGAGGACGAGCUGGCUCUGCCGGUUCCCAGGACAGUGGCCAACGCCUUCGCUGAGGACGCGAUUAGCAGACAACACUCGCAUGCUCCUCUCAUGGAUUUUUUUAAAGCUUUUUUUUUCUUUUUUGCCACUCCGGCUUGGCGUUCAACACCUUGGGAAGCUGUUACAAGUCUCACGGCGCAGUUGGUUUUCUAAGAGCCUGGUGCUGUGACACGACUGGUCUCGAAUGGUUGGGGGCCAGGCGCUGGCCUCGGUCAGAACCCUCGAUGAGCUGGGCUGGCGCCAGCCCCUUCUCAGGAUGCACUCCCCUCGUGACAGCGCCCCUGCAAGGGGACAAGGCAACUGUGUGCCAGCCCCCCCCUGCUCCCCUACGCCCCGGCCCUUUACUACGCUUGGGCUUGGGCAGCUCCCUCACUGAACCUUUAACACGCCCAGAAAAGCACUGUCGCUGCUCGGCGCGUCACUCAGCAGGUCGGCGGUUACAUGGGGAACACCACGUGCAAAGCGAGCCCGGGAGUACAGCUCGCGCUCAUCGCGACCCCUCCCCGCUCCUGGCCACGCCCGUGCCAGGAACUCUGCUGGUGCAGAGACGCCAACACAAGCAUGGGGCCUGCCCCAGGGGCCCGUCCUGCAGCGGGCGGGACGCACACCUGGGAGGGCGAUGGUCCUGAUAGGAAUGCUGUCAACAGCAGCAUGAAGAAAACGGGGCUCGUCUCCCCCGCGAUGCUGUCUGGGGGUGCCCUCGGUCCCCGCUGGCAGGAGGCUGCCUGGCUCAGCCCCUCCGUGGAGGCGCUUUGCUCGGCGGGAAGCUGGUGGCCCUGCCCUCUGUGAGAAGAUGUCCUACGGAUCCAUCACUGGUAGCGGCGGCCUGGGGAGCCGAGGCCCUUUCGGGGGACCCUCGAGACAAGGCUAUCAGCCCCUAGAGUGCGCUAAAUGUUGGACGGAGUAUGGAAUCCGCCAUUUCCCCUGCCCGUCGCCAGAGAGCAACCUGCAGGACCCCUGUGUGGGCAAGGACGGGGAAGGUGACCUGGGGCCAGCGGGCACUCCCAGAGGCCUGAGGGCCAGGAAGCGAGGGCCAGGGGUCACCCCCGAAGGCCAAGGGACACCAGAGCCCACCUCGCCACCCACCGCUGGCCCGAGGAAGGACUCGGCUGCCGGGGCCCAUGGCCGGACGGCGGGGACCAGCGCCUCCCAGGCCAAGAAGAGGAAGCCCAACUUCUGUCCCCAGGAGACGGAGGUGCUGGUUUCCAAGGUCAGCAAGCACCACCAGCUGCUGUUCGGGUCGGGGCUGCUGAAGGCGGAGCCCACCCGCAGGUACCGCGUGUGGAGCCGCAUCCUGCAGGCUGUGAACGCCCUGGGCUACUGCCGCCGCGACGUCGUGGACCUCAAGCACAAGUGGCGGGACCUGCGUGCUGUCGUGCGGCGCAAGCUGGGUGACCUGCACAGGGCAGCCCCCAGCCCUGGCUCUGGCCAGCCCCAGGCCCUGGCCCUCACGCCUGUGGAGCAGGCGGUGGCCAAGACCUUCUCCUGCCAGACACUGCCCUCCGGGGCCUUGGGCCUGGAGCCGCCCAGAGCCACCCAGGUGGAUCUGAGUGACCUCCAGGAGCUGUUCCAGGAGACCUCGGCCAAUGUCUUCCGAAUCAACUCCAAUGUGACCUCCUUGGAGCAGAGCCUCCGGUCCUUGGGAACGCCGAGUGACACGCAGGAGCUACGGGACAGCCUGCACACGGAGCAGCAGGAGACGAACCACACCAUCUCUGCCAGCACCAGGGCCAUGAAGCAGAUGUCGGAGCUCCUGCAGGGCUGCUCCCGGCAGGAGCGCCUUCAGCUGGACCGCCUGAGAACUCAGCUCUCCGAUGCCAUCCAGCGCUACGGAGCCGUGCAGAAGAAAAUUGCAGAGAAGUCCAGAGCUCUGCUUCCCACGGUGCAGAGGGGUGGCAGACAGCAGCAGAGUCCCCGGGCCCCUUUUGCCGAGCUGGCUGAGGAUGAGAAGAUCUUUAAUGGGGACGACAGCGUGUGGCAGGGCCAGGAGCAGGCGCUGCUUCCGGAGAUCACUGAGGAGGACCUGGAGGCCAUCCGGCUGCGUGAGGAGGCCAUUCUGCAGAUUGAGAGCGACUUGUUGGAUGUGAACCAGAUCAUCAAGGACUUGGCCUCCAUGGUGUCAGAGCAAGGAGAAGCCAUCGGGUCCAGCGGCAGCAAUGCCACGUGCCGGCGGAGCUCCAGCCCCGAGCCAGCCGUGGCGGCCCUGCUGCCAGGGCCGGGCUUCGAGCCCCUGCGGCCAAGUCCCCACUCCCGCACCAAGACGCGCAAGCCCAACUUCAGCCCCCAGGAGACGGAGGUGCUGGUGCAGAGGGUGACGCGCCACUACCCGCUGCUGUUCGGGGCGCUGAGGGCCACGCCCGCCCGGAAGCACCGUGUGUGGAGCCGCAUCCUGCAGGCAGUGAACGCGCUGGGCUACUGCCGGAGGGACCUGGGCGACCUCAAGCACAAGUGGCGGGACCUGCGUGGGGUGGUGCGCAGGAAGCUGGCGGAGCGCCCCCGGGCCCCAGCCGAGGGCAGCCUGGCCCCCAGCCUCACCCUCACGCCUGUCGAGCGCAUGGUGGCCGAGACCUUCUCAGCCGCGGGCCCCUCAGGCAAGGGCCAGGCCACCGAGCCCCUGCCAACGGAUGAGGAAGACGAGGCCCCCAGCUGCCUGUGGCUGCCCCUGCGGACUGUGGAUGGGCCGAGCCUGCCUGAACCUGACCCCCUGGACCUCCGAGGAGCCUUCCCCGCACCCACCUCCUCGCCCUCCCCACCCGCCUCGCCUGCGUCGGCCCCCCCAGCAGCCACGAUCCCAGGGGCCUUCCGGCCUUCUCCGCCCUCGUCUGCACCACCCCAGCCCUCUGGGAGGCCCAUGGUGGCCGAGGCCUCUGAGUUUGAGCGGCGGCUACUAGACUCCCAUCGGCGUCAGGGCGCCCUGCUCUCCUCCUGGUCCCAGCAGCAGAGCGCGCUCAUGGCCCAGCAGAACCUGCUGCUGCAGCGGCUGGCGGAGCAGAGCCAGAGGCUGGCCGACGGCAUGGAGGCCCUCAACCGGACCCUCGAGAGGCUGGUGGAGGCCUGCCCGGCCCCCAGAGCCUUGCCCUUGGUUCAGGACGGCACCCCUGCUGGUGGAGGGGCCCAUGGGCCUGCCCAGGGCGCCCCCGCAGGCCUGGAGGUCUUCUCAGGGAUGAUCUUGAAGGUGGAGGAGGAGCUUUAGGGUCAGGGCCACGGGCAGAGCGGGUUCCAGUCCUGAGAGGCGGGGCCUCGAUGUGGCCGGAAAGGCCACAGGCCGUCCACCUGUGGCGGCCCCUUCUGUCGCCACGUCAGUGGGGCUCGGUGUUGCGCAAGGAAGGAAUUCAGAGAGCCGGGCGGCUGGGGUCCCAGGCAGAGUUCUGUUCAGGGCCGAUGCCACUGGGAUGGCAGAGUCGCCGGCAGGGGUCGGGCUCGCUUACAGGCAGCCAGUGGCAGGCAGAGUGGCCGAGAGAAGCACGCGGGCAGGACCCCAGACCGUUCCCGCGGGCUUCACCCUGGAGAUGUGGCUGGGCCGGCCGCCAGGAAGGCCCCCUGACUGUGCGCUGAGUGACUGCUGGAGGCCUCUCCUUCACGGGCGUGUGGACUCGAAGGGGCUGGGCCUCUGCGUCUGCUCGACUUGGGCCCAGGGAACCGCAUCCCAAAUACGGGACAUCUGUCCCAUUGUGUGUACGUUGUAUGAUACACAUACGCACAUAUGUUCCUUGGUACUGUAUGGGGGAUGCCAUUUUGUACCUGUUUUUGUUUUUGUUUUUAACAGAAAAGUAUUUUUCGUAUUUAAGCAUAAAAUGACCCAGAAAAAGGCAGUAACGGUGAUGAUGGCGAUGCUGACGAGUAAAUGCCUCUGCUCCCAGCCCCCGUGGGGGCCGGGCCUUCAGAACACCUCCAUCCAUUCUUUGCUCUGGUCCAUGUGUGGCCCCUGGCAGCUGGCACCCCCCCUCCCCCCCACCAGUUACACAGGGCACAGGCGCAGCCAGACAGCCUGGGUGGCCGUUGGGGGUCAGCCUAGCCCCCUCUGCCUCCUUCUCCUGAUAAAAUAGCCUUUACUAGAAGCAAGAGCCUGAAAUGCUGGCAUGAACUGGACAGUGUGCUGCCCGCAGGGCUCCCAGGGGAGCCCAGCGCCAAGGAGCCAAGACCAGGCAUCACUGGCACUGGGUGGGCAGGUUCACUGUGAGCCCAUAGCAGGCAGUAACUGUCUCCGAAAGAAAGCCCAUACUCUAGCCACACGUCCAGCUGCCCUCUGCAGUGUGACCAGCGGCCUUGUGUGGGUCCAGGUGACACCAUUUGCUCUCCAUGGCAGCCUUCCCUCAGAUGGCCCCUAACUAGGAGGUGUCCUUCCACCCUGCAAAGCCUGUAUCCAUCUCAGUGCCACCUCCCAGAGGCCUCCAGGUGGAAGGGAUGGACCCUUGUCCACUGUAGAUGCCCACUGCGGGUGGCAUUCAUGUCUCUAUUGGCAGUGAAUGCUUUCUUGUGUUACAGGCUAACCCUGCUCAGCCCCUGCUCUGGUCCCAACUGAGCCCCGAUCCCGGUCACACGCUGAGCCCUGACCCCGGUCACACGCUGAACCCCGAUCCCGGUCACACGCUGAGCCCUGAUCCCGGUCACACGCUGAGCCCCGAUCCUGGUCACACGCUGAGCCCCGAUCCCGGUCACACGCUGAGCCUGAUCUUGGUCACAGAAUGAGCCCUGACCCUGGUCAGUCCCAUCGUACCUAUCGGGAGCUUCCUCUGGGACAGGCCCUGUAAUAAGUGCUAAGGAUAUAGCAGUGACCAAGGAAGACAAGAAACCCGUCCUCCCAGAGCUCAUGUCCGUUGUAGAAAACAGUACUAAGUAAGUAAAUACAUACUUGGGGAGUGU